AUGGCUGACCACCCCCCAGACUCUGAAUCAUUUACAAUAGAGAAUAUCUCUCUGACUCCAGUCAUACUCUCCUUUUCAACUCCACCCCUCCUCUACCUGAGUCUCCUGCUCUUUCUGUCACACCACUCCCUUGUUCUCGGCUGUCAGACUGGGACCAGCAGCCAGUGCCAGUCUGCUCCCUUCAUACCAGGCCACAACCUGGUAGGGGAGGGAUUUGAUGUGGUCACCCUGCGGCGUAAAGGAGCCUAUGUGGUUGACGUGAACACUUUCCUCGCCCCAGAUGGCACCUGUACUCUCUGCGCCAACCCUCUUCAAGGCAACAGGCUGCAGAAACUGCCAAUGUCUGCAGUGGACUGGCGUGCAUUCAGCAGAUGCAGUACUCAUGUCUACAGCAGUUACCACACCUCCGUCAGCUCACUGGUCAAAACAGUCACCUAUCAGGACAGUUAUGACUGGAAGUUUGGACUGGAUUUCAAUAAGUCUGUCAACCUGGAGGUGGGGGGAACACGUUCUGCUGUGUAUGACUUUGCUACAGCCAGGAGCCAAGAGGACCGCUUCACCUUCAGCACACACCGUGCCACCUGUAGACAUUAUAGUUACCGUGUGUCGAACACACCGCCCCUCAGUAAAGAGUUCCUCAACGAUUUGAAGAGACUGCCCAGUUACUACAACCCCUUCACAAUGGGCCUGUACAGACAAUUCAUAGAUACCUAUGGCACACAUUUUAUCCGCCAGGUUAAUCUUGGGGGGCGAUUCAGGCGAGUCACAGCUGCACGUACCUGUUUGUCCUCACUGAAUGGACUCUCCUCAGACCAGGUGCACUCCUGCUUAUCACAGGGUGUCAAAGUAGGCCUGGGGAAAAACAAACUGAAUGCAAAUUAUAACUCUUGCAACAAAGUCCUACAGAACCAGGACGUGUCCACGUCUUACAGCUCUGGUCUCCACCAACACCACACUGAGGUGGUAGGAGGUAGGGGUUGGGUGGGUGAGUUUUCUCUCAGCCAUAACGACUCCCUGGGCUACCAAAAGUGGCUGAAAAGCCUCAAGGAUCACCCUGACGUUGUUCAGUAUUCCCUCAGACCACUUUACCAGCUGGUGACAUACGGGUCAAAAAGAACAGGACUGAAGGCUGCCACAGAACAGUACUUAAGAGAAAACGCCCUCAGCCCCCCACCUAGCCCACCUUACUGUGGAAACAGUGACNUCAGCCCCCCACCUAGCCCACCUUACUGUGGAAACAGUGACCCUAACCUGGCCUCCAACUGCUGUCCUAAACAGGCCUGGAGAGGAACACUGGUGGUGACUGUUGUCAGAGCCUGGGGUCUGAAAGGAGAUCUAUUUAGCAAGACUGACACGUAUGCUCAGCUGUGGUUCGGUUCCAGCUACCGCAGGACUCAUGUGGUCAAGUCGAACAGCCCUUACUGGAAUGUUCAGUAUAAUCUGGGCAAGAUGGACACACACUUGGGUCUGAAGGUCGAGGCCUGGGACAAGGACGUGAGCAAGGAUGAUCGUCUUGGAUCAUGUGUGAAAUACCUGAGGCAGGGGACUCACACACAUGUGUGCCCCACUAAAAAAGGUGCCUUCCAAUUCAAGUACACUCUGACCUGCGACCAUCACUUCACUGGAGACAAGUGCAACCAGUACAAACCAUCUCCACAGUGA